AUGGCAAUAGGCAGCGGCAAGCAGGCUCAGCAACGUGGAAAUGUGGCGGCAGCGUUAGAGGCAAGUUUGGGUUCCGGGCAGCGUCUGCUUCCAGCGUGGAUUCCGGGAGACAGAGAAAAGCUAAUUGCCUAUCAGCAUGAGUUCCACGCCUUGAGGGAACGUCUACGUGUCGCUGAGCACCGAACUUUGCAGCGUUCCUCGGAACUAAAUGGUGUCCUGGAGCAAUUCAAACGUAUAGUGGCUGCAUCAAAUGGAAGCAAAGAGGCCCUGAGCAAUUUUUCAGAUGAUGCCAAAAAGCUGCUGAAAGAUUUAACCAACAAGAAUGCCCUAAAAGUGCCAAAUAUCUACCAUCACAUGCCCCACUUACUGAACAGCGAGGAAAGCCUUCAGCCUGCUGUGCAGGUUGGCAGUGGCAGAACUGGUGUGUCCUUAGUUUUGGGGAUUCCAACUGUGAAGAGAAAAGUUAAGUCCUAUCUUGCAGAAACACUUCACUCAUUAAUAGAUAAGCUGUCUCCUGAAGAGAAACUAGAUUGUGUUAUAGUGGUGUUCAUAGGAGAGACUGAUCUAGACCAUGUUCAUAGUGUCCUGGAAAACCUGGAGAAAGAAUUUUCCACUGAAAUCAAUUCAGGGUUAAUAGAAGUCAUUUCACCUCCUAUCGCUUACUACCCAGAGUUGUCAAACCUGAGGGAAACCUUUGGAGAUUCAAAAGAACGUGUCAGAUGGCGAACAAAACAGAACUUGGAUUAUUGUUUCCUUAUGAUGUAUGCCCAGAAAAAAGGGAUUUAUUAUGUUCAGCUUGAAGACGACAUAGUUGCCAAAGAUCAUUACUUCAGCACCAUGAAAAAUUUUGCACUUCAGCUUUCUUCUGAAGAUUGGAUGGUACUAGAAUUCUCACAGUUGGGGUUUAUAGGUAAAAUGUUUCAGUCUCCUGAUCUGAAUCUUAUUGUGGAGUUCAUCCUGAUGUUCCACAAGGAGAAACCGAUUGACUGGCUGUUAGACCAUAUCUUGUGGGUGAAGGUUUGCAACCCAGAAAAAGAUGCAAAACACUGUGAGCGGCAAAAAUCUAACAUCAGGAUUCGAUUUAGACCAUCCCUUUUCCAGCAUGUUGGGCUGCAUUCUUCACUGGCAGGCAAAAUUCAGAAAUUGACAGAUAAAGAUUUUAUGAAGCCUUUACUUCACAAAAUGCACGUGAAUCCUCCUGCAGAAGUUUCAACAUCUCUAAAAGUUUACCAAGGCCAUUCAUUGGACAAAGCUUAUCUGGGAGAGGACUUCUUCUGGGGAAUCACUCCUCUCACUGGUGACUAUAUACUUGUCAAGUUUGACAAGCCAUUGAAUAUAGAUAGGUACCUGUUUCACACUGGGAAUACAGAACAUCCUGGAGACUUGCUGUUGAACACAAGUGUUGAAGUUUUGCCUUACAAGGAUUCAGGAUCUGACCUACUUCAGGAGACCAAAGAAUCAAGAUAUAAACGCACUGAAGAUGGAUUUUUCAGAAUAGGUACAUUUACAAAUGGAGUAGCUGAAGGUGCUAUCGACCAGCGAUUGAACCCCAUCACUGCCAUUAAGUUGUCAAUUUUACAAGAUUCCACUGUGUGGGUUCUUCUUGACGAGAUCCAGCUUAAAAAAGCUGCCAAUUAAUCAGUAUUUAAAUGAGAUUAAGAAUGGGUCUAUUUUAUACAACAAAAGGUCCCACAGAAGUUUAAUAGCUUCAUAGAGACUCUUUAAUAAUGAAGUGUUGAUACUGAUCACAGAAUUCAUGGAUAUAUCGCCUCAUCGUCUGAUCGCCGUGGAUGUUUAUUGUUCCUGGACACUACCUCCUGUGAAAUCUACUGUAAUUUUCUAUGUAACAAUUCUAAUUUUGAAGAAUUAUCAGCUGGAACCUCUUGGUAAUCAGAAGUUAAUAGACUGUUCUUCUUAUCAUGAGUUUAGCUGAGGUGUAAAUGUAUUUUUUGUUACCCAUUUUACCAGCAAAAUUUACCUAAAUACUAAGUAAAGAUAAACAAAUAAGUGAGACUACUUCUGUAUAAAGAGGUUAAAUAUGUUACAAAUUUUGAACGUACAUUGUGCAUCAGGGACAGAUACUGUACAAACAGGCGAGAAAGGAUGGGUCACGAUGAUGGGACAACGAAGGGAUAGUAACCUUUAAUUUAUUGUAAAUAUGCGCAGCACAUGUUUUAAGACAUUCCAGGCAGAUGUAGUUUCUUGAUCAUAAAUACUGUAUUUAAUUUCUAAGCAAAUUAUGUUAACUUCUGAGGAAGUGUUUUAUUUUUUAUGAAGGAGAAAAAUUGCCUUUUCAAAGUCUUGACUUGUGAAUGUUGAAAUUUGCCAUGUCCUUGAGAUGCAGUUGCAGCUCAUUGCGUUCCAGCAGCAUUGAGGCAUGUAAAAACUUAUGUGCCUUAAGUGUCAUGUUGCUACAGCUGGUUAGCAUUAGUAAUAUUGAGCUGAUAGCAGGCAACAAUUCUUCUUUCCAUUUUUAACAAGUUAUUCACUUGCAAAGAGGCCAAGAAGAAGUGGAAAUUUUGCUUACUACUUCAUAUCUUACUUAUUAGAAAAUAUUCUUAAUAAUCUUAACAUAAUUUUCAGGAAAGAAAUAUAAUUGUUCAUCUAGUACUUAAACACAACACCCACAUGGCAAAAAAAAAAUUAAAGUAUCAGGUAGCCCCUUCCAUUGCAGCUUUGUGUCAUCACUUUAUAAAAGACAUCUUAUCCAGGCAGUCCCACAUUGCAAAUGGGUUCAAUUCUUGAUUCUGUUCGCCUGUCAAUUUAUACGUGACUCGGAGCACAAUGCAGGCCAAUAUAAAACAGCCAGUUGUAUGUGCGAGAAAACUUUCUUAUGUCGGAUCUUUAAAAUGACACCCCUGUAUGGGAUUGUGCUCCUAAGCAUGAACAUUCACAAGUUGGAUGCUUGUAAAUCAGGGGCCCCCUGUAGUGUCAGUGACAUUGCAAGUCCUUUAUUCUCAUAACUUGGAUAAUUUUCCUCAGCAAAGAGAUACGUUUGAAGAUUUUAUUUCUGGAAACAUGAGUUUGAUGGAUUGGAUACAGGGUUAACUUGCUGUGUUUUUUUUUCAUAUGUACCGUAUGGAUUCUGUAAAUACUGGCUGGAUUUACCAGUGACUGUAUAACCAGUGAUAAAUCUUCCUAGUUUUCUACUGGAAAGCUUUUUUUAGUUGAUAUAGACAGGCAAUGUGCAUUAAACUAGAUUUUUAUGAUCAUGUGCAAUCAUCCAUUAAAUUGGUGGUAUUUUAAAUGUUUGAAAUGUUACUAGAAGAGGGGUUUCUCUGUUGGAGGAGGAUAUAAAUAUUAUGAACUCUGCUUGGAUAUGCCAAAGUUUGCAUUAAUAAGUGCAAUAUGGAAAAUGAUGACUCAGACAGUAGGUGUGAUUCAUGUUUUCAGUGUUUCCAUUUAUUUAAAAAUUCUAUUUAAAUUGGACAAUCUUAGUAUUUUAAAGUCUUGGAAAAAGUAAUUAUUGAAAAGCUUGUGACAGACUUUAGUUGUCUCCCUAUCAACUGCAUCAAAAUAAUUUAUAUAUAUUGGAAAAGGUGUGAAUAGAGAGGGAAUACAAAAACAUGUCAACAAGGUUGGGGGGACAAAAGUUAGCUUCGUAAAGAAAUUAUCAACAAAGUUGGACAAGUUGAAGUUGAAAUUUUAAUAUUAUUAAUAAUGCACAGUUCAGAGUCAUAAGAUGAGCUGCCUAAAUAUUAAUGGACUGCAAUCUAAAAACAGGAAAUGCAGGCCAGUGAAUACCUAUAAAGUGAAAAGACCCAUUAAUAAUUUGGAUACAGAUCAUUUCUCAGACCCUUGUUACUGAAGGUCUCUAAUAACAAAUGCAUUCAUUUUAUGAAGUAAUUAUUUAAUAACUAAGCAUUGGCUGAAAAAUAUAUAUUUUUAAAUUAUUUAAAAUGUAAAGCCAAGAUCAAAUCAGUUGAUUUCAGUUUCAAAUCUUUUGAGAAAGCUAUUUGCAUCAACAAAUCUGGAAAAAUGAUGGGUGUUAAGCAAACGUCAAAACGAUACAUCUGAAGUCAAAUUGUGAGAUUCCUUGUGGGUCUUCAUUAAUUCUCAAUUUGCAUUCAAAAAGGUUCAAUCUAAUUUUCCAAAAUAUCUGAAGCUGUGGAUCUAUUUAUGGCACCUCUAACCCAUCCUUCAUCUUGUGUACAUUGCAUUUGUAUGAUUUUCCACAGUUGUUCGCUGUGUAUGCUGGCUGUUUGUAUGUGUGCUGGAUCAUAACGUACAAAAAAAUUAUAAACUUGUGUGGUCUUUGCUCUUCCCUUCUUGCAAUUUCUUCUUGAAAAGUCAUUAGAAAUCACUGGAGGAUUGGAAGAAACAAUACUUAAGGGGUUUUUCCAUUAAGGCUUAAGACUGAUCCGUAUUUUAUUAAAUCUGUAGGGUGAGGGGGAAACAUCAGAAUUAGUUCAUUGGAUGAGAAACAGCUUGGAUUGUCCUGGGGAUGGAUAAUACUUUACAUUCAUCCAUAUAUAUUCAAUUCGCACUUCUGCUACUGUUGCAGCUGUAUAAUAGAUCCAUGUUCACUGCUCAGAAAAUUUAAUCAAAUUGUGUAACAUAGAAUGAAAUACAGCACAGUGCUGUUGUUUGAAGGGUAGGUCCUGAUUUUUAAUCAUUGCAUUUAAAAUUAGAAAAAUAAAGUUGAAAUAUUGAUCAUAUAUGAGUUAAGUGAGGUGAUUUACUGCCAAACCCCUACUUGCACAGUGACUUGUUUUUUUAAAAAUCUUGGUAAACCACACGUACAGAUCAGCUAAUAAUAGUAAAUAGGAACUCAGAGGGCUCAUCUCUAAUACUUUUUUAAAUAAUAAAUUAUAGAUUUAUUGUGAAUCGAGUAUUAAGGAAUCCCUUUUACAUAAUAUGCCACAGAUCAAUCGCUUCUUGAAAUAUGAUGCUUUUGCUUAUUUUUAUGGAUAUGUUUAUGCUUUUGUUUGUAAGAACGCUCCAGUGCACCUGCUUCUUUUAAUGUCAAUGUGCCUUUCAUCAAUGGUCCAUGUUAUUUUCAUAAAUGUGCCAUAACUUUGCAACGAACACAGUUGUAAUAAAAUUGAACUUGUUAUACGUUGAAUUGUAAUUACGUGUAGAAUGUUCUGUAUAAUUGGCUUCUUUAACUUCGGUCCGUUAUGUAAUAAAUUGCUACAUUUUUGGAUGUCAGUUUUGACAUUGAA